GCAACAGUCUUGCAGCAAGCGCGAUCAAUUCACUCUGGUCCCAUACAUUUUCGCCGGUUGAAAACAAAAUAGGGAUUCUCUAGACGUUCUCAAUAGUAAAUAUCCCCGACCAUUUGUUCUCUCUUGUUUCGGCAUUGCAUAUACAUUUCGUGAUAAGAUGUCAUCAGUAGCUACCAUCAAGAAGACUCCCUCCGAGCAGCUGCUCAACGAUAAGUGGGACGUUGUCAUCUCAAACGCCGUCGUCAAGACCGCUCUCGGCUUCGGCUUCGGUGUCGGUUUCUCGGUCCUCUUCUUCAAGCGACGUGCUUUCCCCGUCUGGCUCGGUAUCGGCUUCGGCGCUGGCCGAGGUUGGUCUGAGGGCGAUGCUAUUUUCCGUGGUGGUGAUGCUGGUGUUCGGAUCGUCAAGUCAUAAAGGUCUCUGCUGAUCUGUCGGGGAGCUGCGGCGGUUGGUGGUGAGGAGCGGGGAUGGAUUUGAUCGGCCAGCUACGAAUUCAAAAUCAAUGUCUUCCGUCUCUUUGCUAUGAACUCGUUGCAGGGAGGGGACGCAAUUUUAGAAAGGCGUACAUUAUGAGAUGGCAGAGAGCUUUUUGGUUAGGUCGGGUUUGAGCUGUCGUUGUUUUGUAUGUUUUCUAUAUAUCAUUCUACUAGACUUUUGAUGGAUAUCUGAUGUUGUCCGUAAAAUAGUUCAUGCGCCAAACAAUACGAGUAUUCAAAACAUUGGAAUAUGAUGCUAGUAAAACG